AUGAAGCCUGUCUGGGUAUUGGUUUUCUUGGCAGUGUGUUCAGUGGUGGUUGUGUCCUUCCAGGCUAUACAGCAGGAGAUUAACAUUCGCAAAAUGAGACAACUAAUCAAUUUAAACACUCAAGAAGUGAAGACAAAGGAGGAUGAAAUCCUGAUUUCCAAAGCGGCAAUGCAGAAACUGAGCAGUCAGCUGGUUCCAUUGGACAAACAGAAAAUUCAACUGACAAAGAAGAUGGAUGAGCUGGUGAGAGAGAGAGAAACGUCUGGUCAAAACCUGGAAACCUGUCAAACACAGAAGAAAGAGUCUGAGGAGCAGAAAGCAGUAAAAUCUUCAGAAUUUGAUGCCCUAAGAACAAAUCACAAUGCUGAGAUCCAGAAAGUGCAGGAGGAAGUCCAGAGCUUGCAGAAACAGAUUCUGGAGAGAGAUACAAAGAUCUGUUUGUAUGUGGAUAAAGACCGGGAAGAAGCGAGGGCAUUGUGUAAGGACAAAGCACCUGCCAGUAACUCAUAACAAGGAUAAAAAGGAAAGCCGGGCACAUAGAGUACAUGUUUGAUCCAUAACUAGUACAAUAAUAAAACCUGAUAAUGUUUUGCACUUGGACUACUCUGUGGACUGCUCCUAUGCAUUUUAGUCUGGACUGUAGUUAAGCUAAACACACUUACAGAUUAAAUGCUGAGUUUCAUGCAUUGUUCCAUUUUUAAGUGUUGUAAACACAGUUAAACAAAGACUCGGCAAACAUGAGCAGACAGCUUAUACUUAUAAGUGUGAGUAAGACUAAUAAAGACCAAGUAAUUCCAGUUUCUAAAGUUCCAGGUUAAAUAUGCCUGUCAUAAUAGACACACCCACAAUUAACCAUGAACAUCCACUGGCAUGUAACGAACAUCGAUCAUCUAUAAAGUGCCUUGGAUAAACAGAUUUUUUUGUUUUAAUUUGAAAAUUUCAAAAUGGCUAGCCAAUUAUCGAACGGGUCACAUUUUGGCAAAACAUUUCAUGAUGAUCAUGUUGUAGAUUUGGUAAUGGCAAUAAUACAUCUAAUAAACAAAAUGCUUAAAGCAUAGAAAUGGUAUACAAGACUAUUUCUCAACAUGGGUGUUAGCCUCAAACUGAAAAAGUACAGUCAUGUAGUGGGCAGCAGGUAGCAUUGCUGCCUCACAACUCCAAAUAUGAAUGAGUGUGUGAAUAAAGAGGUGAA